AUGGUCUCACUCCUGAAAACACGACCAACGAAGUCGCUAGGACAUCACGGCGCCAACGAAGUCGCUAGGACAUCACGGCGCCUUUUGAAUGAUAACUAUCCGGCGGUACAUGAAGUCGCUAGCACGACCAACGACAACGUGAACCCCUUGCCCUUCGGCGGCACUGCUGAUCCGGCGCUGUCAAUCUUUCCUCCGCUACCGUUUGCCCCUGCACCAUUCCAAGGGAAUAUCCCACGAUUACGGUCACCUUCACGUCCAUGGUACAUUGUGCCUGCCCCUGCACUCAUGAAACGCAAAAAGAUAGUUGAGAUCCCUCUUGAUCUGCUGCUGGAGAUUCUCACCAAAUUACCUGCGAAGUCUCUGACCAAGUUCCAAAUCGUUUCCAAGAAAUGGUUGUCCAUUAUCCGGAGCCAAGGGUUCAUCGAUACCUUCGUCUCCAUCUCCUCGACACGAUCGCGGGUUUGGGUCGCUUUCGCCAAUGGUAUAGGCAGCGUAAAGCGCGAGAAGAGACGCUUGUUCUACUUCUCCUCUUCACAUGAGGGACAUGAAUCUUCUUCUCUGGUAACCAAUCUCGACAUGACAAUACCUUACCUAAGCGUCACCAGACAAGUCAUCUCCUUACCCAUCUUACCCAAACGCCGUCAUCUAAUUAUGAGAUUCACGUGCUUGUGUUACGAUCCUGUCUAUGAUCAAUUCAAAGCUUUAUCACUCAUUGCUUCUCUCAUACCUAAUCAUGAUCGUGUAGAGCAUCUUGUGUUAACCCUAAAAGGUGAUAAAACAAAAUAUGCAUGGAGGCAGAUCCAAGGUGGUGACAACAACAUCCCGCCUUAUUCCCCUUUGACUAUGAGAAUAUGGAUCAACGGCAAAGUGUAUUAUGGUGCUUGGCCCCCUAAACAAGGUAUGAAUCCAGUGAUUAUGUGUUUUGAUGUUAGAUCAGAGAAGAUAACUUUUAUCAGAGCACCUGUUGAUGUCGUCGAUGUGAUCCCGUUAUAA